AUGUCAACCCCGGUCAGCGGUGACGGCGGUGUCUUGGCACCCGCAGUCGGGGCUAUUAGCGUCCGUGGACCGCGGGAAGCGCGCUGUCAUUUGGGGGGACUUGUGACAAGCAGGGGAGCUCCCCGCUCUGCCACCGCAGAGUUCAACACUACAAUCUCCAGCAGAGGGCGGCGAGGUGUUGGAUUUCCUUCGCGGCAUCACCACCGACAUCUUUCUCAAGCUUACUUAGUGAGGAAUACAGCUGGAAACGGAAAAUUAAAUCGAACAAUAUGA